AUGCAAGAUAACGCCUCCUGCCACCGCUCAAAAGAAACACAAGAGAACCUACGAAUACGACGAAUACCCUAUAUUAAAUGGCCACGGUACUCUCCUGAUCUCAACCUUAUUGAGCAUGUGUGGAGUUGGAUGAAGAAUUGGAUCCAAAAGCAUUAUUACACAGCUUAUUACGAUGCCUCUAAGAUUCCGCUAUCGCAAUUGAGAAGGAUCAUUUGGGAAGCGUGGGAAGCUGUACCUGUGGACUUUAUUAUGAAGCUAUAUAUGUCUUGGUGGGACAGAUGCAAGGCUGUAAUUGAUGCAAAAGGCGGGCCUACAAGAUACUGA